AUAUAUGGAUAUUGAUCCUUCCCAUAUUACGAGUGAUUCCACGGUUCAACACCACUUUAUUGGAAGAUUUGUGAAUAUUACUCCAUAAAAACAUCUGUUUUAAGUAUAAUUAAAUCUUUCUAAAAAAAUAAAAAAUUUAUUCACCUACACAUUUAUAAAAUUAUGGAAAGUGUGAAUUGUCCAAACGACAUACACACUGACCAGAGAUAGUCAUAUGGUAGGGUCGAUUACGUCGAAGCCUGAUAGGAAAAGGUUAUUUGAUCCGGAAGUCCUGCUUACACCGAGUUUUUACUUUUUUCUCACAUCGGAUGUUUUCAUCUUACUCAUAUUAUUUCUAAACAGGGAUAAGGAAUGUGACGUUCCACUAUAUACAUGGCUGGUUGUCGGCCUUCUCCUGAGUUUCCCAUCUUCUUAUUUGACCUACAUAAUAAACAACGCAUAUGGGACCAAAUCAGGGUUAUUGGCCGAAGUUGUUCUACUCAUCGUCAGUUUUUUCUGGAUGGCCGUUGGAACAAUAGAGGUUUCAAUGUCGACGACAUGCCAGAAUACAAAUCCAGGGGUCUGGUGGGUUUCUUUCGUCUCAAUUAAUAUUUUCUGGUGUGUAGUUGUAGGAUUUAUCAUCUCUUGUAUCGUAAUCACCUUGGGAAUCAUGUUCUUUCAAGGUGGAAGGAACCCAGAAUUUAAUAUUGAGUAGUGAUUCCCAAGAUAUAAUAAUAAUUUAAUUAUUUCAAUGA